CACCCCCAGCUUGUGCGGCUUCCGCUCGGCGGCCAGCGCCAUGGAGCUCUCGGACGUGCGCUGCCUCAGUGGCAGCGAGGAGCUCUACACCAUCCACCCGACGCCCCCGGCCGGCGAUGGCGGGAGCGGCUCCCGGCCGCAGCGGCUGCUGUGGCAGACGGCGGUGCGGCACAUCACCGAGCAGCGGUUCCUCCACGGGCAUCACCGCGGCGGCGGCGGGGGUCCGGGCUCCCGCCAAGCCUCCAACCCCGCGGGCAGUGGUCCCCCUCACCCCGCGCCGCCGCCGCUGGCGGGCGACGCCGCCGCCGCCGCCGCCGCGCUGCCCCUGUAUUCGCUGGGCCCCGGGGAGCGAGCGCACGGCACCGGCGGCACCAAAGUCUUCCCGGAGCGCAGCGCCAGCGGCAGCGCCGGCGCCGGCGCCGGCGGUGGCGGCGGCGACCUGGGCUUCCUGCACCUCGACUGCGCCCCCAGCAACUCCGAUUUCUUCCUCAACGGGGGCUACAGCUACCGGGGGGUGAUCUUCCCCACCCUGCGCAACUCCUUCAAGUCUCGGGAUCUGGAGCGCCUGUACCAGCGCUAUUUCUUGGGGCAGAGGCGCAAAUCCGAGGUGGUCAUGAACGUGCUGGAUGUGCUGACCAAACUCACCCUCCUGGUCCUCCACUUGAGUCUGGCGUCGGCCCCCAUGGACCCACUCAAGGGCAUCUUGCUGGGCUUCUUCACGGGCAUCGAGGUGGUGAUCUGCGCCCUGGUGGUGGUCAGGAAGGAUACCACCUCGCACACCUACCUGCAGUACAGCGGCGUGGUCACCUGGGUGGCUAUGACCACCCAGAUCCUGGCAGCCGGCCUCGGGUAUGGGCUGCUGGGCGACGGCAUAGGCUACGUGCUCUUCACACUCUUCGCCACCUACAGCAUGCUUCCACUGCCGCUCACCUGGGCCAUCCUGGCAGGCCUGGGCACGUCCCUGCUGCAGGUCGUUCUGCAAGUGGUUAUCCCCCGGCUAGCAGUCAUUUCCAUCAACCAGGUUGUGGCCCAGGCCAUUCUAUUCAUGUGUAUGAACACAGCUGGAAUCUUCAUCAGUUAUCUGUCCGAUCGGGCCCAACGCCAAGCUUUCCUGGAGACACGGAGGUGUGUAGAGGCCCGGCUGCGCCUGGAGACAGAGAACCAAAGACAGGAGCGGCUGGUGUUGUCUGUGCUGCCCCGGUUUGUAGUCCUGGAAAUGAUCAAUGACAUGACGAACGUGGAGGAUGAGCAUCUGCAGCACCAGUUUCACCGGAUCUACAUCCAUCGCUACGAGAACGUCAGUAUUCUUUUUGCAGAUGUUAAAGGAUUUACCAACCUCUCUACGACCUUGUCCGCUCAGGAGCUGGUCAGGAUGCUCAACGAGCUCUUUGCCAGAUUUGAUCGACUGGCCCAUGAGCAUCAUUGCCUUCGCAUUAAAAUCCUGGGGGACUGCUACUACUGCGUGUCUGGACUUCCAGAGCCCCGCCAGGACCAUGCCCAUUGCUGUGUUGAAAUGGGUCUCAGCAUGAUCAAAACCAUCAGGUAUGUGCGGUCAAGGACGAAGCAUGAUGUGGACAUGCGGAUUGGAAUCCACUCGGGGUCCGUGCUGUGCGGCGUGCUGGGCCUGAGGAAGUGGCAGUUUGAUGUCUGGUCUUGGGAUGUGGACAUUGCAAACAAGCUAGAAUCUGGAGGAAUUCCUGGGAGGAUUCACAUUUCCAAAGCCACGCUGGACUGCCUCAAUGGUGACUAUAACGUGGAAGAGGGCCAUGGCAAAGAGAGGAAUGAAUUCCUGAGGAAGCAUAACAUAGAGACCUAUUUGAUUAAGCAGCCUGAAGAGAGUUUGCUGUCCCUGCCUGAAGACAUUGUCAAGGAAUCAGUGAGCUCCGCAGACCGGAGCAACAGUGGGGCAACAUUCACCGAAGGAUCCUGGAGUCCUGAACUUCCCUUUGAUAACAUAGUGGGGAAACAGAAUACUCUGGCUGCCCUAACAAGAAAUUCAAUAAAUCUGCUUCCAAACCAUCUUGCACAAGCUUUGCAUGUCCAGUCUGGGCCUGAGGAAAUUAACAAGAGAAUAGAACAUACCAUCGACUUGCGGAGUGGCGAUAAAUUGAGAAGAGAGCAUAUCAAGCCAUUCUCACUGAUGUUUAAAGACUCCAGCCUGGAGCACAAGUACUCUCAAAUGAGGGAUGAAGUAUUCAAGUCAAACUUGGUCUGCGCAUUCAUCGUUCUUCUAUUUAUCACAGCAAUACAAAGUUUGCUUCCUUCCUCAAGAGUGAUGCCCAUGACCAUUCAGUUUUCCAUCCUAAUUAUGCUGCAUUCAGCUCUGGUCCUCAUCACCACAGCUGAGGAUUACAAGUGUCUGCCCCUCAUCCUUCGGAAGACUUGCUGUUGGAUUAAUGAAACCUACUUGGCCCGGAAUGUCAUCAUCUUCGCAUCCAUCCUGAUUAAUUUUCUGGGUGCUGUCCUAAAUAUCCUGUGGUGUGAUUUUGACAAGUCGAUACCCUUGAAGAACCUGACUUUCAAUUCCUCAGCUGUGUUUACAGAUAUCUGCUCCUACCCAGAGUACUUUGUCUUCACGGGGGUGUUGGCUAUGGUGACCUGUGCAGUUUUCCUCCGACUUAACUCUGUCCUGAAGCUGGCUGUCCUGCUCAUCAUGAUCGCUAUCUAUGCCCUACUGACAGAGACCAUCUAUGCAGGGCUCUUUCUGCGUUACGACAACUUGAACCACAGUGGAGAAGAUUUCCUGGGGACCAAGGAGGCAUCUCUGUUGCUGAUGGCCAUGUUCCUCCUUGCCGUUUUCUACCAUGGACAGCAGCUGGAGUACACAGCCCGCUUGGACUUCCUUUGGCGAGUACAGGCUAAAGAGGAGAUCAACGAGAUGAAGGAGCUAAGGGAACACAAUGAGAACAUGCUCCGAAAUAUCUUACCCAGUCACGUGGCCCGCCAUUUCCUGGAAAAAGAUCGAGACAAUGAGGAGCUGUAUUCUCAAUCCUAUGAUGCAGUCGGAGUGAUGUUUGCCUCAAUUCCAGGAUUUGCAGACUUUUACUCUCAGACUGAAAUGAAUAACCAGGGUGUGGAAUGCCUGCGCUUGCUGAAUGAGAUCAUUGCUGACUUUGACGAGCUGCUUGGAGAAGACCGGUUUCAAGACAUUGAGAAGAUCAAGACCAUUGGCAGCACCUACAUGGCCGUGUCAGGCCUGUCCCCUGAAAAGCAGCAAUGUGAAGACAAAUGGGAACAUUUGUGUGCCCUGGCUGAUUUCUCUCUCGCCCUCACUGAAAGCAUACAGGAGAUCAACAAGCAUUCAUUUAACAACUUUGAACUUCGGAUUGGAAUCAGUCACGGCUCAGUGGUAGCUGGUGUGAUUGGCGCUAAGAAGCCACAGUACGACAUUUGGGGUAAAACCGUAAACCUGGCGAGCCGAAUGGACAGCACAGGAGUGAGCGGCCGGAUCCAAGUCCCAGAGGAGACGUACCUGAUCCUGAAAGAUCAAGGCUUUGCCUUUGACUACCGAGGGGAGAUCUACGUGAAGGGUAUCAGUGAGCAGGAAGGGAAAAUCAAAACGUACUUUCUCCUGGGAAGAGUCCAACCCAACCCAUUCAUCUUGCCCCCAAGAAGACUGCCUGGGCAGUACUCCCUGGCUGCCGUUGUCCUGGGGCUUGUCCAGUCCCUCAAUAGGCAAAGGCAGAAGCAGCUACUCAAUGAGAACAACAACACAGGCAUCAUCAAGGGCCAUUACAACCGACGGACUUUGUUGACCCCAAGUGGACCAGAGCCUGGACCCCAACCUGAAAACUCCGACAAAUCUGAUUUGCCAUAAAAGCAUUUUCGUUGUGUUUCUUUUUUUUAAUUUCUUUUAUAUAUAAAAUAAAUAUACUAAUAAAAAGGUUUAAUUUUUUUUAGAACAA